AUGGCGUCGACAACGGUGAAUCCAUCGUCCCUUCUUCCCCUCGAACUCGUCGACAAGUGCAUCGGUUCACGGAUAUGGGUGAUCAUGAAAGGAGAGAAGGAAAUCGUGGGAACUUUGUGCGGAUUUGAUGAUUACGUCAACAUGGUACUCGAGGAUGUGGUCGAAUAUGAGAACACACCGGAGGGGAAAAAAGUAACUCGGCUCGACUCGAUUCUUCUCAAUGGAAACCACAUCACGAUGUUGGUGCCCGGUGGUGAGGGUCCCGAAGUU